AUGGGCAACGUUUCAAGCAAGGCGGGUGACGAAGGUCAACUUGUCUUGCGCGAUCAGUCACGCUUUUCGAUCUCGAACGUAUCCAUUACGAAUUCCCGGGGCCGUACUAUUCUUAACAUUACUCCGAAUGCAUAUCCUGCGACGAGGUUCAGCGCCAAGCGCGACUUGGGGGACGAUGCUGUAAUAGACUAUGUACAGGACCCUGAAGCUACUCCCGCUGCUCUUCCCACAUUCCUCCUCCGACUUUCGAACGACGAUGAAAUCAAUAUCAACUUCACCUUCAUCGUGCGACAAGAGCAAUCCCCGGGGAGCGCAGACGGCGAGAAUCCGACCGCCCCAACUGACACUAAUAUCAAUGGUUUGACCUAUAUAUUUGGGUCGAGUUUGAAAGAGCUGGACAACCUAGUGACCCGAGAAUUCCAUGCCGAUCCAAACCUGCACAAGAAUUCGAACGUGCAGUUGAUCGGAGAUUACUCGACCAGCAACAGCUCGUCGGUACAAUUUACAUGGUCAUGGAAGUGGAGACCGCCGAAACCAGUGGAGGAGAAGGGAGGAGGAUGGCGUACUUGCUGCAGCUUCGUGGAAUACAACCAGCGCGCGCACAGAUUGGAUUCGUUGGCAACUUUCACGUUUUGGGUGCAGAAUCAACGCCCGCUUGGCAGUCCAAAGAUACUGUCACCCCGUUUAGAUAUCGGUGUGCCACCUCGAUUGCGGGUACCUUCCGCGCAAUCCGUGGAAUCUCGCUUGAGCGACUCGGAUCCCGGCGAAACCAAGGAACAACUUCCACCACUCUCUCCAACCAUCGAAGCGAUCCCCGAAGAUGGCCUAGGUAUUCUCCCCGUCUCGACCACCUCGACUGUCGGUGGCCCUAAUGCGGUCAAAGUCGACGUGGCAUGUCAGCGACCCGGAGGAGAUGUAAGCGCUGUAGAGGACGGUCCGCUCUUCCGCGCGACCAUGAAGGCGAUGGAGCAAAGGACAGGGUCCAUGCGGACGCGGUGGAAGAAGGUCCUCAAGCGAGCAGAGGCUUCCCACGAAGCACAGGGGUCGUGCAACGAGGCAAUCGCUGCGCUGAUAGAAGCCCUGAAAGAUGUCUCGUCCUCGAACGCGAACGCGGUUCAGCCGGCUAUCGAACACUAUUUCGACAAGAUCGCGCGCGAGAUUUUGGCGUACGAGAAGCAGAACACGGUCAAUCUGCAAAAGAUGAUCAUUGAUCCCAUCAACAAGCUGUACAAUGUCGAUAUCAAGCAGGCCGACUCCAAGAAGAAAGACUUCGAUGACGAAAGUCGAGAAUACUAUUCAUACGUUGGACGAUACCUUGGUCAACGAUCGGAUUCUUUGAAAGAGAAGAAGCGCGUGGAGACCGAUUCGAAAUAUCAAUCCAAGCGACGGAAUUUCGAGCUCAAACGUUUCGACUAUUCUUCGUUCAUGCAAGACCUUCACGGCGGCCGCAAAGAUCAGGAGGUCCUUUCGCAACUGACCCGAUAUGCCGUCGCGCAAACACGGGGCUAUCUCGCGGCGGCGAAGAAGAUCGAGGCGAUGCUCCCCCAGUUGGACGCGCUCACGCAUGAGGUCCAAGAGGCCGCCAAAGAGUAUCAGCUCCAGAGGACGGAACGAGAGGAGAAGCGACGCGCGUUGGAGAAGAGCUCCACCGCAUAUAGGGAGCCGGAAUAUCCGACCACAGCCCCCGCCAGUUCAACUCAGACUAGUGCACCCAAUGGCCGGUCUGCGAUCGCCAGCGACUCGGAGGCGACAUUGCGCAGUGAGGCCACCGUGGCGAAAACUACGCGUAGUGCGUCGACCAGCCAGAUGACGGCGGCCUUAGCCAUCGCCUCCAAUGGCCAGAUGGAUGGUCCGCAAACGAACAAGGCCGCCGCCCUUUCCGCAUCUCCAAACGAUAAGUUUAAGGGCUACCGGGAUCUGGAAGAGAAAGAUUACACGCAACCGAGGGAUGGAGAGGGAAGUGCAACUCUGCACAAGAAAGAGGGUUUGCUGUGGGCGUUGAGUCGACCGGGUAGUCAUGUGGACCCGAAAGGCCUCAAUAAGCAGGCGUGGCAUAAAUUCUGGAUCGUACUCGAUCAAGGCAAGCUUACCGAAUACACGAAUUGGAAGCAGAAGCUCGACCUUCAUAUGGACCCGAUUGACUUGCGAGUCGCAUCCGUCCGAGAGGCACGCAAUGCGGAACGCCGAUUCUGCUUCGAGGUCAUCACGCCCAGCUUCACCCGCGUCUACCAAGCCACGUCGGAAGAAGACAUGAAGAACUGGAUUUCCGCCAUCAACAACGCUCUACAGACCGCCUUUGAACGACGAGCCCCAUCCGAAAGCCCCUCGACCGACUCCUUGCCAAACUCCACGCGACGCGAUAUCGCCUCGGUGCUGACCGGAAAGAGUCCCUCCAUUUCUGGCCACCGAAUCUCUCACUCCUCCUCCAACAAGAUGGUCAGCCGACAUGCGACGGUCAACGACCGCCCCUCCUCCAGCCGACCCACCGAUCCCGCCGCCGCCGAUGCCAACGCCGUGAAGCUCCUGAACCAGAUCCGCGAGACGGACGCAGGCAACAAGUUCUGCGCGGACUGCGGCACGGAGACUCGCGUCGAAUGGGCCAGCAUCAAUCUCGGUAUCAUCAUCUGCAUCGAGUGCAGCGGUAUCCACCGCUCCCUCGGCACGCACAUCACCAAGAUCCGCUCCGUCACCCUCGACCCCUCCUCCUUCACCCCCGACGUCGUCGAGCUGAUCCUCACCAUCGGCAACCGCGUCAGCAACAUGAUCUGGGAAUCCCGCCCCGUCGACACGAUCCCCAAGCCCCUCCCGACCUCGACCCGCGAACAGCGCCUCAAAUACAUCACCGCCAAAUACGUUGACCGCGCCCUCGUCACCCCCAUCUCCCGCACCCUCUCCCAUUUCCCCACCCCCGACGACACCCUCCUCGCCAGUGUCAAGCAAAACGAUAUCAAUCACGUCCUCUACGCCCUCGCCGUCCGCGCCAACCCCAACGCCACCGACCGCAGCCGCAACACCCACGUCGUCUACCUCGCCCUCGCCGCCGCCGACCCCGCCUCCCCGGCCGACACCUCCUCCCCCUCCUCCACACCCCCGCCACCUUCCACCGGCCCGCGCAAGGCGUUCCCUCUCGCGGAACUACUCCUCCUCAACGGCGCGAGCUUGCCGACCACUCCGCCGCCGUUCCCGCUCUCCGGGCCCGCGAAGAUGUAUCUCGAUGCGAAACGGGAGCGGGAGAAUUUGAGUCAACGGGGCGGAGAUACGGUGACCGCAUUGCCGAUGAUUUCACGGGAGGGGGUGACGGAGCGGGGUCUAAAGCGGGGGAGCAUGGGACCGUUGGGGAGUAAGGAUCGGAGGGUGUUUUGA